AUGGAUAACACUUUUUAUGGACUUAUUUAUACUUUAAGGGGUAUUGGAGCUGUUGUAUAUAAUGUUCCAGAGCUUGAAAAUAACCAGAAGCUAAAGAUAAGUUUGAGAAGUUUGGACACUGAGGAUACAACUCCCAUCUCUCAGGAUUUCGGAGGCGGUGGACAUCGAAAUGCUAGCUCUUUCAUGUUGAAGUCUGAAGAAUUUAAGCAGUGGAAGCUGUGA